UUCUAUUCAUUGGUGUGCCCUUGUCGUCGUUUCACUUCGGGACUGUGGGUUGUGUAAGCUUGCCGCUGCUUGGUUGAUGACGCUGCUGGUACUUGUACCGGCGCCCCAGUUGCUCUUGCGUUCGCUCUCAUGCCCCUCCUCCCAGCUCUCAGUUCCACCCCGACUUGUCCUAUCUAAGCUCUGAUCCUCACCAGAAGCUCUCGCUUAGUAUAGCGUGACUAGAGUAAUACCGCAAGCUUUUCGCUUCAUUAAGCUGUUGAGCUGAGACCAUUCCGUUACAGACCAGACGCCGCCUGCAGCGGUAGAUGUUGUGGGCUUAAAGAGGCAUCAUUCUAGGACUCGUGCAAAUGGAAAGCAGGCCAGACGGUUUCUCAGAAAUUCUAGCGUACAACCACCGCGCUCUUCGUGAGGUUUACUUGAAUUCAAGUACCGGGUACUUCGGCCCGGUUGGUGAUCUUCAUUUUAUCGGUCUCUUCGGCCUGUGAGAUACUUAAGCUGCACCAGCGAUGGCAGCGUGGUAUUGAACAGAAUAAACAGCGGCAGGGUAGGCAAUGCAUUUUCACUCUCAGGAAAAAGUGUGCUGGAUUUGAACACAUUCUUUACCUUGGAUAUCUGUGAAGACGAUCCCGUGGUACAGAUGAUGUAUAUGAGUCCCUUGUACUGUUUAGAGCUUGUAGAGUGACGAUCUCCUCGUGUACACAUAGAAGGAGAAGAAGAAGAAGGUGGAAGGUUCACAAACUGGAUUAGAGACGGCUUCCCUGAGUUUUGGAGAAAUCAAGCUGCGGUAAUGACGCGCAUGCAUGCAUUUAUCAAGUGCUUUCUUACAAACUGGAUUCCAGAGUUUUUGGAAGGGGUUGGGAGAUGAGUGAACAACGUAACCACCGGUACCUUCAUUGUGGGUUUAUAGAGCUUGCAUGAAUUGAAGCCUGGGCCGUUUGUACCAUCGGUUGUUUGUGGACAGGCUCAGGUUUUUUAUUCGACACUAAGAGGGCCUUGCGAUUGAUUCUCAAGUCCACUGGGAUUCCACCUUCGUCACAUUACACGAAGCGUUGAUUAAUAACCAUGGUUCUUUAGAUAGAUUUUGGCAUGUCGGUGAACAUCACGAAUUCAGAGACGAAAUUUUAUGUAUCGGGUAUGCUCUCUCUCUUCUGUCAGUUGGCAACGUCAACGUCGAUAACUUACCAGUCGUCUCAGUAGGAACAAUCAAUCAUAAUGGUGACAAUGGAGGAUAGGGGGAACUCAUGGUCCGCCGGCGCGACCAAGGUCAUGGGCCUCAGUCACAGCUUUGCAGAGGAAACUGAAAGGAUGCAAUUCUCCUCGGGCAAGGUUGCGCACAGCUUGAGCCAGUGGCCGCAGAAUUUGGUGCUCUUCAAAGACGCAGUCCGUGGACCCAGUUUCAGAGCAUUUUCGUCCGCCGAGACUGCGACCACAGACGGCGAGCGAACUUCUAUCUCGGGGUCCGAUACGCCCGCUAGCAAGUCCAUCCCCUUCCAAGCACUAGGGAUCAUGGCCACCGACGAACGCGCGUGGUGUCUGCAGUCCGUGGAAAGCUCCUCGGGGCUUAAGCUCUCUAGCGACGACGACAUGGAGAACGGGAGCAUCGAGGAUGACAUGAAGGAGUCUAACGAAGAUAUGGAAAGUUUUCUGAGCAAGGAUGGGGAGAGUGUGCAGUCGAAGCUAUGCCCCCGCGGACACUGGCGUCCUGCGGAGGACGAUAAGUUGAGGGAGCUUGUUUCACAGUAUGGUCCUCAGAACUGGAAUCUGAUUGCCGAAAAGCUUCAAGGCCGAUCAGGGAAAAGCUGCAGGCUGCGGUGGUUCAAUCAGCUGGAUCCUCGCAUCAACCGGCGUCCGUUUACAGAGGAGGAGGAGGACCGUCUCCUUGCAGCGCACCGAUUCCACGGCAACAAAUGGGCCAUGAUCGCGCGCCUCUUUCCCGGCCGCACGGACAACGCCGUCAAGAACCAUUGGCACGUCGUCAUGGCGAGAAAGUUCCGUGAGCGCUCUCGUGUCUACGGUCGCCGAAAAACACAGGUGAAUCGCAGAGGCAAGCUGCGGUCCUCCAACUCAGGUGGCAACCACCAACACGGCUCCACGGACUCCCUCACAGCGUGGAUUGAAAAAUACGCUCUGUCAGGGGAACAAUCCGUCGAAGCUUGUGAUGGUUCAGGUGAUGCGCUCGCCAAACCCCGCGCUUCUCUUUCCGGAAGCCGAUCACCGACCUCACUUCCUAGCACCUUUACUAAUCCGCAAGUCUCGAGCAGCAAUUUGCAACAAGUCUCCGGUGUGGGUAGCAAUCUUUGUGAAACGUCCAGCUUAUCGCCGAAGUUUUCCAGCGGGGGAAGCGUGCCACUGAUGGCUCCCUCCCUGCUCCCAAAUUUAGGAGGGGCUAUUGGAGGCUCGAAGCCAGCCUACCUACCAGGGUCAUGCAGUUCUGAGAAGCACCAACAGGCGCUGCUGAGCAAUGCCAUGGACAUCUCGAUCAAUUCCGAGCAUCUAACACGGGUGGCAGAGGCGCGGGCGGAGAAAGGCUCCCUCCACUUGCAAACCCCGGAAAGUCCCUUUGUGGGGUUGAAGACGACCUUCCAAGGAAGCCUGUACGCCGGUCGGUGGGGCGGACCCUCUCUUCCCAACCCAUUCGGCAACAACCCGACUAAUGGCGACAAGGGCGAUGAGCUUUACAAAUCCUACUCCAACGUCUCCUGCCGCUCCGAGAUGCAAAAACAGCUUAGUCUGGGCCGAAGUGGACACCAGCGUGAGGCCAGUCCUUCUCUUCGAAUUGCGCCAGCUUUCUCCAGGCAGGACACAACCAAAGAGCUCGGCAACUGGAUGCUCUUACCUCUGGCUGGGCAAGCCCAGCAACAGUUGCGGGAAAGGUUGCGUAAGGACAUUUCUAAUUCUAAGAAGCUGGGAUCGAAUUCGUGGGGGACUUGUGAGAAGUCUGACGAUAUUGAGUUCUCCGAAGUAGAGCCUUCACAGAGUAGCCCCGACUCUGCACCGGUUCCAUUUAUCGAUUUCCUUGGCGUGGGAGCGUCCUGAAUCCUCCGAAGCUAAGUCUUUCGUGGCCUUGAAUCUCUGUACAGGGCUGAAGUACUUCUAGCUUGCGAAGAAAACACCAAAAAUUCUGGCAAUUCAUUCUUAGAAUAAGCAAUCCUGCAGUGUAUCAAGUAGUGUAUCAUGUAGAUUUAUUCGGUUGGUUAUGAUGUGCUGAUGAUGACUCGAUCGAGGAUUAGUAGCUGCAGUGAAGAGAAUUAAUCCCUUGCAGCCGAUUUUGAUUGAAGACCUUCCGGCAAGGUUUUUGCUGUCGGCGUUUUUGAAGAUUGGACACCAUAGGACAUAACCCGUCCCGCAACCUCCUCCUACUACGAUAAUUUUGCAAGCGUACUCUAGCCUCAAUUGACCAGAUUCGAUGCGGACGACUCCUUAUUUUUUUGCCGUGUAUGCAUACUUCCAUUGGACUAUAUUUAGAGUAUGCUUAAUUACCAGUUCACGUACAUAACUAGGAUUUUCGAACUUGGUUGUCAAUGGCCCAUCCCCCCUGGGUUCAAUUGGCAAUCUUGUCUUCUUCUUCAGGCUUGCACAAACCUAGCCCGACUUUUGUAAAGACACGCCUCCUUGUGCAUUGGAUGGUGCUGCUAGCAUUUCAUGGAACUUGAGAAGAUUCUGAUCGGAAAUUGUGACAAAGAGACGGAUUGAGAAAAGAGAUCGAGAACACCUUAUUAUUUUCACUGCACUAUCAUGCGCCGUGGUUUAUGAUAAUUCUAUUCAAUAGAGAUGGAUGGAGCUAGUGCGAGACCUCACCCGGAGGCUGCUCUCUAAUGGCCCCCUUGUUGACCAAUUGUGUAAUCAAAGUGCUGCAACUAAAUUGUUGAGCCUCGUCUUUUUUGAUUUUUAUUAUUGCAAUAAAUAUGACACGCGUUCCUCGAAA